CACUGGACAGGAUUUCAAGAUGAGACCGGAAUAUCUCAUUAUCAGGUAAAGAUGGAAAAUAACAAUGCGUCAGUCAUUGACUGGUUUAGUGUUGGUCACCAUACAAGAGCUAUCAUAUCAGGAAUUGCCCUGCAAAGUGGUCGCCAGUAUAAACUAGCAGUACGAGCGGUGAACUAUGGUGGAUUGACAAGCCACACCGCUGCACUUAACUUUACAGUUGCUAGUGACUAUCCCACGGCCACAAGUGUUUCUGUGGUGGGAAUUUGGACUACUGAUGGACAUCUUAGGCUAGAUUGGGGACACGUGUUCCAGUCCAAUGACUCAUUGAUCUAUGAGUUGACUGUGGGAACACAUGCUGGAUCAGGAAACGUCCUUCAGUGGUUUGAAACAACUGCGACUAAACACGUGAUUGGUGAUAACAGGGUGAGCCGAUUCAUCGACUACCACGUCACAGUUACAGCUAUUAAUGCAGCUGGUCUACACACUACAGUCACCAGCAUCAUUUAUGCACAGCCAUAAACUGUGCUGGUUCAAAAUUCUUAAACUUAGGUUACAGGCUAGGAGUAGAGCAAAAAUGCACAUAUGUAGAAUGAGAUAGCAAAUAUGAUAGCAAAACACCUGCACUUGUUGCACUUUAAUAGUAUUGCCAUAGCAAUUGCAAUUGUAGUUUUCAUGUCAUCAGCUAAUAGCAAGCAGCUGAUGCAACUAUCUAAUAAUUCCAGAGACUCUGUUAGAAAAUAUGUCGAGUCUUAUUGGAUGAUUAAUUAAAUGUUUUACUACAACAA